AAAAUUUCCGUAAUCAAGAAUCCAGGCAGAUAUUUACUGCAGUGAAAAUGAUUAUUAUUUUCUGAAAUACCUUUCUUCAAUUGAAUGUAAUGCUCUGAUUAAUAAAUAUCACACCCACAAUGUCUAAAGAAGAAACUGAUGCACCGGCUGUAUCAACUACUGCAGAUGAACAGAAUGAUGUAAAGCCUGAUGUUAGUGAUAUAUUAAGAUGUGGAGCCUGUGAGUUAAUAUUUUUUAAUCUGGACGAUUUUGUUGCUCAUAAGAGUGAACAAUGUAAAUCGGCUACAGAUAAGUACAACUCUGAGGAUGAAAGUGAAAUUGAAGUUAUUCGUCACUCUCCAAAAAAGAAACAUCCAAAGCCUUCUAAGAAGUACAGAUAUGAGGAUUAUGAAAUGGAUUUCAAUCAAGCAUACUUUGAUAGGAAAUCAAAAAAACAUAAAUAUAGUGAAUACUAUAUGUCAAGGAAGGAAAAAAAACAUCGGUAUAAAGAAAGGUUAUAUAAAGACCUUCAUAUCAAGUCUGAACCACUAGAUGAAGAUGAAACUCAUACUAAUUGUGGUAUUUGUGAAAAUUGUUUGAGAGAAGAAGAUUGUGAAGAAUGUGAAGUUUGUCUGAAAAAGAAGUCUGGUGCCUGGAAAUAUAUGUCUAAGCUGUGUCUUUUGAGGCAGUGCAUUGAGGAAAUAAAUGGCCAGGUUUACCAAGUUGAAAAAGUUUUGGAUAAACGUAUUGUUGAUGGACGUGUGGAGUAUUUCUUGAAAUGGAAGGGAUAUCCAAACUCUCAAAAUGGAUGGGAACCAGAGGAAAAUAUAUACAGUAAGGAUCUGAUUUAUGAAUACGAAAAACAGCAAGAGCUUGAGGAAAAGAGAAGGUUAGCUGCUGUAAAACGUUCCUUGCAAGAUAACACUAUGUCAGCUGCUAAAAGGAUCAAACUUGGCAAUGAUGAGUUGGUAUCAGGAACAGUUGUGGCUACUGAUUCAUUGUUACAAGCUUUGGGUCUUCAUAAAGAUUUGGCAGAAGUUGAAUAUUUAGAUGAUGAUUCUACAAAUAAUACAUCCACACCAAGUGCAUCUAAAGUUAGCAGAGCUGAUAACCAAGAAAAAAUAUGGGAGAUAUUAAAUCGUAUUCCAACUAGUACACCACAAGAUGGUAAAGAGAACAGUGGUAGUGAUGGUUCAUCAGCAAUUUAUUUGCCAAAGCCUGGUGAACCUGGAAAGUAUAUUUUAGUAAUGGGGGAACAAAACCAAAUCAAUUUACUGGAACAGUCAAAUCUAGAUCCGAAGGUUUCGUUAGGGCCAAAAAAGUUAGUCCCUGAAAGCCUAAUGGAUCAAAGCAAUCGAAGUUCAUUAAAUUCAUCAAACUUUAUGCCACAAAUUAAAAUUGAGGCUGAUGAUGAUGAAAUACAAGUUUUAUCCCAGACAUAUAAGAAGCCAACAUCAAAUCUAUAUAAUUACAUGCAAGCUACUCCACCUGCCCGUAAAAAAAAGCCAGGCCGUCCAAGAAAACCAAAAGUGGUUGAACCACCCAGUUUUGUUGAUGAAACUACUACGGACUCUUUGCAGAAUACUCGUGAUAGUUUAUACAAUGAGGAAUCUGUAGUUCCUGGGAAACGCAGACGUGGAAAACUUCCCUCUAGAUGGAAUGAUUACAUUGUAGAAAAUUUUGAUGAAGCCAUUACAUCUUCUGGUAAGCCAAAGCUUGGUAAAUUUUCAGAAUCGGAAAUGGAUAUGUCUGGGGAUAGCAACUUUGAAGAAGAUUUAAAUGCAGCUUAUGAUGAUGAUGACGAUGAUGAUGAUAUACUUCCCGAUGGUACUACUCGGAGAGUAAACAAAAGCUCUGCUUCUAAAUUACCCAGGCCUAUGGUUAUACCCUUAGGUGAAGAUGCACCUCAAUAUGCUGGUGUUUCUGAAGUCAGAAUGUGGAACACAAGUUCAUCAAAGAAACGAGGAAGACCACGCAAGUUAGAACCUCAAAGGCAUAUUAUUGUGCAAAAUAUGGUACCUAACUCUGUUUUCCAACCUCAACCAGAAAUACGUCAGAGGACACUGACUGUAACACCAAUUUUUAAAACUAAUACUAUAUUGGCCAGACCUGUGCAACCCAUUUCUGAAAGUGGGAUGAAAACACUUGUCACUGCAGGCGGUGAAAAAAUAUUAGUAGCUGAAUCUGGGGAUGAAAAUUCUGUACCUCCUGAAAGUGAUACUUCUGCCUCUAUUCAUUCAUCUCAAGAAAAUAGCAUAAAUAUCAGAGAAUUGAUUCAAGAUCCCAACUUUAGCCCUAUGAAAAAAACAGUGCCUCGUAAAUCUUUCCAAUUUUCAAAUGAUUUGUUUCAAAGAAUGCCAAGCACCAGAGGCCGAGGCGGACACAGCAUCAAACGAAGACCAGGAAGACCAAGAAAAGAAGAUCAACUGAGCAGAUUAAGUAAUGGAGGAUAUCUUGGAUCAACUCUUAGUGAACUAAUGACUAGGAAGAGUUCUAUUGUAAGCAGGAAGAUUAAAGAAGAGCGUGAAGUGAAGAAAAAUCGUGUAUUUGUUGUUAUGCAAGAUGGUACAAUGGUUGAAGUAAGUGGUAAUGACAGACAAAAAGCAGUCCUUAAAGCUACAGCCAAAGUUGAAGCUAUUCGUCGAAGUGUCGGGCGGAUUAGAGAAAUUGAAAAAGCUAAAUAUAUGGAAGAUGACGAUGAUGAUUAUGAUGAUCCAAAGAAACCUGGUGCAAGAUAUGCAUAUGCGAUGAAAAAACGAGGUGACACCAGACCUGCUCUUGAAGACUGUACUUUAGAAACCAUUGAUGAUUACAAUGCAAUGAUUCUUCCUAAUUCAGUGCAAUUAGUUGAAAGUGAAUUACCCCUCAGUGAGGCUGACAACUGUGACAAAUUGUCAGGAAUGUUUUUGUUUCGUCAGAUAUUUUCCUCAUAUGAUAAUACACUACAGUGCUUAUUUUGCAGAAAUAAAUAUUCAUUACGUUUUCCUGCUGAUCUUGAAAAACAUUAUCAUGUUAUCCAUGAACUUGCUGUUCAUACAAACAAAGCUGAAUUUAAUGAAAACAUUGUUUUUGUGUGUGUUCCUUCAGAUGUUAAUGAAGAAACGACUCUAAAUUCUGGUUGUCGUUUUUGUGACACAACUUUGAAAACUUUGUCUGAAGUUCGUGAUCAUUACCCAAAUGCUCAUAAUAAAACUGUAAGACUUGUGCCUGAGUCUGAUGUGACUGAAAUAGGAAACUUUUUCUAUUGUGGACUUUGUGGUCAUCCAUCUACAGAUUUCACCAGUCACCAUCAACAUAUGAAAGUAAUGCAUAGAAUGCAAACAUAUGUUUGUCGCUACUGCACAUAUUGUACUUCCAGACCUAGUCGUUUAAGAACACAUGUCAAACAAAGACAUUUGCAAGAUCAGCCAGGGCCACAUUUGCAGUGUUCAGUAUGUUCUGUGUAUGUUCAUGGGAAGGAUCGACUAACUAAGCAUAUCAUGUUGUCUCAUGCUGUUCAAACUGGACCAAAAACAUGGUCUUGUGCAAAGUGCCUUUAUCCAUAUGGAGAUCCUCAUGAACUCAUGACUCAUAUUCCAACCUGUCCUAAACUGCAGUCUAAUUCAGAAUCCAAGUCCAGUGAGCAGGCUUCCGGAAACCCUGCUAACAUCUUCUACAAAUGUAAUCAUUGUGCUCUUACAUUUUCAUCAGAGGAGGAAAUAAAGAAACAUAUGGCUGAAGGCUUACAUGUUCCAGCUACAGCAGAAGAAAUCAUAAACCCUAAUAUAAACCAUCAAGAAAGUUAUGACCCAUCUAAUUUAGACAGAAACACUUGCUUUUUGUGUUGCAUGAGAUUUUCUAGUGUUGAAUUGUGCCGGAAACAUCAACAUCAUGUACACAUGAGAUGGGUAACAAAAGGAGCUGUUGAUUAUUCAAAAAGAAUAACCAGUGAAGCUGAGGGAGAAAUUGGUCAAGCUAUACAAGAAAUUCAAUCAAACUCUGUGCUGGAAAUAUCUUUGAAUCAAAAUGACAAUUCAGCAAUAAUGAGUAAUCUCGAGCAGUUUGAAAUGAAUGUUAAGUCCCAGAUGACUGGGCAACAGAUAUUUGCUCAAGGUACAACAGAAACAUCUGAAGGGGAACAAGCAGUUACUGUUUCCAUUAAAGAAACACUUCUUGAUCAGCAAGCAGGCACAGAUUUUAUGUCCAAUGCACUGAAUGAUGCUAGCAAAGCAUCAAAGGUUUAUGAAGUAAUGGACUUUUUGGACAUGUCUGGAGACAAAAGUGAUUUAGAUACAGAUAAAAUGGAUCUCACUAAAGAUCUUUCUGACAAAGUUUCAUUUGCAGAAAAAGUAGAAUCAGAAAUAAGCAGAGAGUACAAACGUCUUGGAGACUUUGAUAUAUCUCUAGAUGAUUUGCCAGAUGAUAAAGAAUUGGCCGAAAUUGGUUUUCCCACCAAAGUUGGCCAUUUUUGUCACUUAUGUGACGCUGUCAUAAAGAGCUACCGUCUGUAUUAUCUUCAUAUGCAUAAUUUGCAUCAGCUUGAAAAACGAUUUCAGUGCAUUAUUACAGCUUGUGGAAAAACUUUUACUGGAACAUUGGCAUUCCAAAAGCAUGCUUUAAUACACAAUCAAAAGAGUGAACAUUAUUGCAGUAUGUGUGAUAAUGUCUUUGGAGAUGAUGAAGAACUUCAGGACCAUUUAAUUAGUUCAGAUCAUGCAAAUAAAUAUAUGCAAGUGCAGGAAAAAUAUAAUCGAACAGAACCUAGGAAUCAUCGUUGUAAAGUAUGUCACAGUUGGUUUGGUUUAUUUGCUACAUUUGUGAAACACAUGGAAACAGAGAGUCAUAGCUAUCAAUGUCGUGAAUGUGGCCUUCUUUUUGUUCAACCAGGUCCUAGAAGAAAUCACAUCCAAAGCAUUCAUCCUGAAAUUGCAAACACAUGUGAGAUUUGUGGUUUAAAACUACCCAACUCACAAGCCUUGUGGAGUCAUCUUUCUAUACAUAACAUAGUAUAUGAGUGCCCAAAAUGCCAUCGUAGGUUCCUCCAGAAAGAACAACUGGUUGCUCAUUCAGAGGUUCAUGCGCCUCCAACUCCUUGUCCUUGGGAAGGUUGCAACAGAAAACUUGCUACCAAAGUUGGAUUAUUUAAUCAUUUACGUAUGCACAGAGGAGAUACAGAUUUCAAGUGUACAAUUUGCAAUAAAGGAUUUUUUAAGAAAAAGACACUGGAAAGCCAUAUGAGAAUACAUGAUGAUAGAGCACCUUUACAGAUACCAUCAGCUCGGGGUAGAAAAAGUGUUGGUCACAUGAUGGGUCGUACUACACAUGUUGAUAUAAAUCAACAAGUGGAGGAAAUUCAGAUAGAACAAGCUGAAGAAUCUGUUGAUUCUAAUCCGACAGAGAUGAUUCAACUUGUUUGUGCUGGAUGCAUGAGGCCCUUUGAAUCUGAAAAUCACUUUCAGGCACAUAUUUGUACUGGACCACCUAAUACUGAUAGUCAAGGUCAAGUUGUUGUUACAUCUGGACAGUCAGUGUUUGGGGGAGAUCAUCAAAUUAUUGUUCAGACUGCUGGCAAUGGAGGAGAUGCAACCAUUGAUGCUGAUUUAGUCGCCUCUGCACACCAGUCCUUGGCAAGUUCACUUAACUUAUCAUCUCAAGAAUUUGCUGAGCAACUGGCCCGUGCUGUUGCUGAGGCAGCAGGUUCUGGCAAUCCCGGUCAAGUUACAGUUUCAAUUGCUCCAAAUGCAAAAAUAGAUGAAACUGGAACUGUCUCUGUUAGUAUACCUGAAUUUGAAGAUUCAGCUGGGUCAGCUGUGUUAUCAGAAGAAGCAGCCGUGGUGUUUAGUCAAGAAGACAAUUCUGAUACAAUAAUAACUGCACAACAAUUAGUGAGUGCUGUUGACCAAGCACAACUUCAACAAAUACAAGCUAAUGAAAUAAUUCAAGCUGCUGAGCAAGGUGCUGAGUCUAUUUUGAUUCAAAAAGAAGGCGAUGAAAGUCUUAUGAUUCAGGAAAAUUCAGAGUGCACAAGCAUACUUGAAAAAGGUGAUUCUCAGCAUUCUUCUGAACAGUCUGUAUUUGCUAUUGACAAUGAAAAUCAACAGGUUCUUGUGUCUGUUGAAGAAAAUCUCCCAGUGGAAAGACAAACUAAUUUAGAUUUCCAAAAUGACCAGAGCCAACAAGAUGCUGCUGAAGAAUUCGUUGCACAUAUAUCGAUGGCAAGAAACAAAAAUGAGUCUAAUGAAGGUGAAACUGCAAUAAAAUCAGAAUUCGAACUUGGACAGCUUGAAGACAAUCAAGAAAGUGAACAGAUUGUCAUGAUGGUUGCAGAUGAACAGAAUGGUGAACCUCAGCAAAUCCCUAUUCAAAUUCCUGGUGACCAAUCAUAUGCGGGCUCAGCCGUCCUCAAAAUUCUAACACCUGAUGGGAACCAGCAGAUGUUAAUUAUUCCAUUGAAUUCUAAUGAGAAUGGAAACACAGUUGUCACAUUGCCUCAAGGUUUCACCUUGGGAGGUGAGGAUUCUGGAGAUGGCAACAUCACUUUAGCAUUAGAUCCAAGUACAAUGCCAUUAGAUGAAAAUGGUGAACCACAACAAUUCAUGUUGCCAUUGGAUGCGGAUGGUCAAGUAAAUCUGGAAAGUCUGCUGCAAGGUUCGUCUGUUGACACACUUCAACAGGAAUAAUUUAUUUUGGACUAUAGUUUGUUAGAUGCUGUAAUUUGGCUUAAUGUUUGUAAUUCGACUAUUAUGGGAUUUGUUUUCAUGCAUUAUUUUUUCUGUAUAUUAGUUUUCACCUCUGUUGAACUUUUCUCAUCUGUUCUAUCAUCUGUAUUUAUAAUGGAAACCAUAACAUACUAAAAAAAUAUUUUGCAUUCUUACUCUACCUUACUUGCAAUGACUUAAAUUUCUGAAAUAUGUUCUACAACUUUUCUUCAUCCUUCUCCCUGUUUUAAAGUAUGAAAUCAUUUGACCUGUGCAUUUGUAUAUAUCUAUAUAUUUAUAUGACAUAUUUCUCCAUCAUAUUAAAACAGGCAUCCUUCCCUUAAGACCUGAACUUAUUUAUCUUAUAUAAUAUUUUGUAAAGCUUUAUUUCCACUAUAAUAUGUUUUAUCACAACUUGAUGCAAUGUAUUUUACUUCAUAAUGAAAUUCUAUGUUUCAAUAAAUUAAAAAGACUGUAAAUAUUGUAAAAUAUCUUGAUGUUUUAUUUUACCAAGAACAUAUA